UUUUGGGAACAAGUCAUGGUGUGAUAUGUAUUGCCAUAAUCUUUGUAUGUUCCAAAUCUCAAUACCCUUGAUCCGUAUAGUUUAUUUUUGGAGUGAAUUUGACAUUUUCGAGCAUUUAUUCGGUAAAAUUCUUAAAGAUUGAUUUGUGUGUGCACCAUGGCCGUAAGACGAAGCUUAGAUAUGACCACAUCCACAAAUAAUGAACAGGUUUGCAGAGUCUGUUCACACCCAAUGAUUUCAUUGGAUUUAAAACUCAUAACACGAUGUAAACAUAUUUUCCAUAGAACAUGCAUUUUGAAUUGGCUUGAUAAGUCGCGAUCUUGCCCAACAUGUCAAAACAAUGUUACAAGAAACAGUUUAUUAGAGGUUCUUUCCGAAAAUGUUGCCGACCACAAUCUGAACCUGGAAACAAAUAGUUUGGAGAGGAUUCUGUUAACUAAUAGUCAAAAGAAGAAAAAGAGACAGUCGCAGCAAUCAAAUGAGAUAGUAGAUCUCGAGGAUAACAGUAACGUAUUGUCUAAUUCUGCUUCUGCGGAUAACCCAAACCAAGAUGUAGGUUUCUUAGAGCAGAGAAUAUUAUCACAGGUAGAUCAUCGAAUAACUUCGCAAAUUAGUCAAAUGCAGUCCAUGAUCUCGGAACUGUCUCGUCAAAUUUCUAAGUUAACAACAGACAGGGCAGGAAGAACGGAUGCAAUACCUAACUUCCAUACCAAUGCAGAUGAUAAUGGAAAUAACAAUGAACCUGAUUGGGGAAGAAGAACUACUAGAGCUUCGUCACUUAAUCUAGAAAGAGACGUACCCACCUUCAUACCCAAUGAAUAUAGAAAUAGUAACAAUCUACCGGAGAGAAAUGGUAGUUUCAAUCUAAGUCGCGAUGUGGGAAAAGUAGCAAAUUUGAUUAGUAGCUGGAAAGUGCAGUAUAAUGGCUCACGCAAUGGUAUGCCGGUAGGGAAGUUCAUAUACAUGAUUACAGCUUUGACAAAUGAUAGCUUACGAGGAAACUUUGAAGUGUUGUGCGAACACAUUCAUAUUCUCUUUAGUGGCCGAGCAAGUGAAUGGUUCUGUAGAUACAGACGCACUGUAGACAGAGUAAACUGGUCCGAUCUUUGUAAGUCGCUGAAUUCCUAUUUUCUUGAACCGCUAUCUGACGAUGACGUAAGAGAAUUGAUAAGAGAUCGCAAGCAGCAAAUCAGCAAAAGUUUUGAUGAAUUUCAUAACGGAGUUAUGCAUUUAGUAGAUCGCUUACAAUACCCUAUUAGCGAGAGUCAACUAACGUCAAUUCUGAAACGAAAUCUGAGACCGUUUAUGAGAAAGGAGUUGUUCUAUAUAGAAAUCAAUUCGGUUAGCCAGUUGAGAAAAUUAGUCCUUAGACGAGAAGCUUUAAGUGAGGAGUAUAACACCGCUGACCCGAAAGCAAACACACGAAAGCAAAUUAAUGCAUUGGAGUAUGACCAAGAACGUUCAGAUAACCAUCUAGGAGAGCAAGAAAUUUGCGAACUAAAAAGAACUAGAGCCUUAGAAGAGAUUCAAUGCUGGAAUUGUCGCAGGUUUGGCCAUAAACACGCAGAUUGCCAAUCUGAUAAGAAGAUAUUUUACUUAGGUUGCGGAGCUGAAAAUAUAAUAAGACCAAAUUGUGAAACAUGUCAGGAAAACCGACGGUUGAGCGGCAACAAGAACAGCAGUUACCGCUCAAAUCCUCAGCAUUAAAUAAAGAGCAUUCUUCUUCUUACUGUCCGAAAGUCAAUAUAAUUCCUAAAUAUUUAAAUUCUAAAAAUAUUCAAGGUAAAUUAUAUCCAAUAGUCCCGUAUCAUAUAAGACUUCGAAACUAUGAAGAAAUAAGAGAAAAAAUAUUUGGUAGCGAUUUAGUUAAAAAACCCAGUUGUGUCCGAACUAAGAGAAAUACCGUUCGUUUUCGUAACUUUAUAAGAAAAGUUAAAGAUAGAAUGAGGGGUAUAUCGCUGAGUCUAGAUUCGAUUGUUGAUGUAAAAAAGGCAUAUCAAACCAAUAAGAGAACGUACGAUUUGCGCACAAGAUACGUUACGUUCGAACUCGGCGAACACGUCUAUAGACGAAAUUUUGCCAAAAGUAACAAGAUCAAGGCAUUUAAUUCAAAAUUAGCUCCUAAAUUCUUGAAGGCAACUGUAGUUCGAAAUUUUGGUAACCACUGUUAUGAAUUAGAAGAAGAUAGGAAAGUUCCAUGCCAAAGACCUACAAAAGUGCGUAACUUAAAAGAUGACCGUUUUCCAGCUUAUUUUGAACAAGUAGAACAGCUUAAAAAUAACCUGUGGUGUGACGGCCCAUAUUUGGAUGGACUUAUUUGUGUGCACAGAGCUGUAGCUUAUCUGCAUGCAAGGGAAUAAACGGAAAUAAAGCGAAAGCUUUUGACGAAAGAGCGAGCUUUGGGUUAUCUUGGUGGGUUAUCUAGCCCUUGUGCUUUAGAAUGGGAUGAAGAAACAAAAUCAAAGCUCAAGCGCUGGAUCAUUCGAUCCAUGGAACUAAAUUGUGGAAGGUCAGUUUGGUGGUACAGCGAGAUAAAAGAAAAGAAAAGAAUAAAAGGUUAUACACGUGUCUGAAAAAAAAAGGAAAAAUUGAAAUCAAUAAAUCGUCGAAAGUAGGGUGCACAUGCCAAGCUGCCCCAAAAAUUAAGAUCAGUGUGCCGAAAAGCCGAAAGAUCUGUGGUUCUCCAAGGAUAAACCCGGUUUCAAGCCCCAAACGGGGUCUGAGCUUUGCCAGUCGAUCUCGGUUUCUCCAGUGUAAUUUAAUAUUGACGAAAGUUAUCCAACGGAGGUCAAACUUCUGCCGCACAACGAAAAUUUGCGAUCAACCUUAUUUUUGACCUUGGCAGAGGACAUACAGUUGCCUCUGAAAUUCUAUGUCGUGGCCUGGAUAGGCACAGACAUAUCCAUAUCGGAUGUCUUCAAGGAAAAGGAUUGACACACACACACACACACACUGAAUUCAACCGACACAUCAAUGCAUGCAGGCCUGUUGCAGCGAUGGAAAACCAAACUUGCUGUAACUGUAGAUAAAUAAGAUGUUAUGAAGAUUUGAGGUGAUGCUGAGGAUGGUUGUUAGUUGGAGUGGAGUUAAAAUAUGAAAAUACACUGAAGAUUGAUCAACAUGAAA